GCAGGCAACCCCCCCAAAACACACUUUCUGAAUCGGACGUGAGAUUCGUCGAUCCCCUUUGGUUGGACUUCAUCCCGGGGUUGGGGUUCCGCCGUCGCUCUACGGAGUGGGCCGAGCCGGCGGAGAUGGCAGGGAAGGGAGCCAAGGCGACGUCCGGAAAGGCGGCGGAGAAGGAAAAGGGGAAGAAGGCCCCCGCGUCCCGCUCGUCCCGCGGAGGUUCCCAGGAGCAGCCAGCUCCAAAGAAAGAUGUUUAUCAAUUAUUUGCUGAGAAGGUUAGGGAUAACAAGCAACUGGAAUCGAGAUGGGCUAUCAUGCAAGAAACUCGUGUUGAGUAUUUUCGUGGAAAAGAUUUUACCACCUUCAUCAAGACUCAUCCAGAAGUUGGGGAAAUUUUAGGGCCAGAUAAAUAUAUGGAAGCUGAAGAAAUUGUUAACACUUUGCUGUGCAAAAACCUCGUAAUAAGGUGUGACAGAGUUUGGAAAACUGUGAGACCAGGAAAGAAAAAGUUAUCAUCAUGGCCUGCUCAUUUGGAGAUACAUCAGGAACAAGUAUUCACUGAAAAUGAUGGUUUUUAUGCUUGGAUGUUUCUCAAAAGACGGACCUUGUGGCAGACAAUUCUUUCAUUUGUUUGGCCUCUUUUCGCAUUGGCAGUGUGCUUAUUUCCAGUUUAUCCAUACCAAUGCAAGAUUGUGGUACUGUACUCAUGCGCUGGAGCUUUACUGUUCAUCGUAUCCCUGCUUUUAUUAAGAGCUGCCAUAUUUGGCAUUCUGUGGGUUCUUCUUGGAAAACGUGUGUGGUUCUUCCCCAAUAUAAAUGCAGAGGAGACUACAUUUAGAGAACUCCUUCGGUUUUGGCCUGACAAGGACGAGGGAGAGCGACCAAAGUGGACAUCAAGACUUUUCUAUGCUACUGUUACUGUAUUGGUGAUAUUGCUGCUUAGACACCAUGCUCCAGAUGAAGCAGCUAGGGCCAGGUACCAAAAGAAGGUUUCUAAUAUAAUUGAUGAUGUCCUUGAGUGGUCCCCAAAAUUAGCACUUUCUGGCAUGAUGGACAAACACGCUGAGGAUAAUGCAACAGAAACUGGCAGUUACAGCCAUGCCCCUACGACUACGGAAGAGAAAACUAUAGCUGCAGCCGAGGGCGUGGAUGCAGAUGAAACCCAAGAUAGUGGCGUGGAUGCAGAUGAAACCCAAGAUAGAGCUGAUCAUGCUGAUGACAUGAGAACAAGAUCUAGUGAAGCAUAAACCCUAUGCAACUUCUAAAUUUCAUAAGCUACAGUACUUUUUGGGAAUACUCCCUGGGGUUUUUAUCUGCAGAUUAUACAGAUAUAGGUUACUGAGAAAUUCAGGUGCUCAUGUUUUGACCAUGUUUCGUUCAUAUAUUGCGACCGACCGGCUGUACUAUUAAGGCAGGGUUGUCAGUUCCUAAAGCACAUUUUCAAAGCGCGGGUCUGUUUUUCAAAUGUUAGUAUUUCACUUGACAGUA